GUUUAAAGUCGCUAUAAAUGUGAAUGCGACAAUUCUGAAUAUAUUUCUAAGACACAAAGGACUUCUGUUAAGGGAAAUGUUUACAUAUGUCCUCAGUUAUUGUAUGUAUAGAGAGAUUUGUGUCUAUUCUGUACUCAAGUUAGCUCGGCUGAGUGAAGGAAUCACCUGUGAAGCAGAGGAAUAAAUCAUGCUCAAGGUUCAACAGUUCAUCGUCUACGUCUCCACUAUUCCUCUCCGAGUGCAGCGUAUGAAGAAUCUGCCAUCCUAAACCUCAACAACUUCAAUCUACUAUUUGGAUUUGUGGCUGUUUUUGGCACGAUGGCAGUUUGUGGCAAGAGGGAAGUUAGUCCAGUUGUCUGUAUAAAAGCUAGAUUGGAGUGCAGUCCGGAGAGCAACCCAGCAGGUCUGCCAUUCCCACAGACUAACGGAAAAACAGGUUCAGAUUACGUGAAAUGGGCUUCAGAUUUAGUUACCAAAGAGUAUAAACACGAGACAUUUGAAUUAAAGAAACCAGCUGGUGCCAGAUGGAAGAUAGGACCCCUGGAAGACACCAUUUACAGUGAGAAGCAUAAGGUAGUGAAUGGGUGGGGAACAUUCUAUCUUCCUGAGAAAGUAAGAAUGCAGGUUGUAGGUGUAGUGGAGGGGAUCUCCUGCCCAUGGGACCAGCUCGUUCUAAUGACCUGUGAGGACGGAAAGCUGUAUGCCUACGAUGGAGAGGAGCUACAUUUGGUGGCUUCAAGCAUGGAGCAGCUAGAUGAAGAGGGAAUAGAGUAUCCAGCAUCCAAGACAUACUACGAAGGGGAGGCCUUCAAAGACAUGACCGUGAAAGACUGGGAAAAAGAUUGGAAGAGCCCUACAGUGAGAGCGCUGAAAGAAGAACAUCAUACACAGGUGAUGGAACACAAGGCCAAAUCUAUGGAAUAUCUCAAAGCAACAGCUGCAAUACAAGAAUCCCGUGGCAAGCCCCCAGGUCAGUCGGUGACAUCCAGGGCCGCCCCUUCCUACACUCAGAUCACGCAGACUGUGCGGGGCCUCACCUCUAGGAGGGGGCCUCACCUUGCGGAGGGGGUCUCACCUCGCGGAGGGAGCUACACCUCGCGGAGGGGGCCUCAUUUGAAGCGCAACUGUGGCGCAAUUAAGUGCGCCGCAGUUUCACCGCUGCCAGGCUCCACUAGCAACCACCCCCCCUCCCCCCGUCGACGUUCACGACACAUAGAGCCUCCUCACAUGACUUUGCGUGGGGCCACAAGUUGCCCAGGGGCGGCCCUGGUGAUAUAACUUGGGCCCAACAACACAAGAAAUAUUACAGUCUAAAAAUAGUCAAUUACAAGUAAUAGUACUGUAUUAAAACUUAGGUUAGGUCUGCAGCAUAAAAUGCAAUAGAAAUCCAGCCAGGUUAAGAGAUCCCCUUUCAUAACACAGAAAACUCUGGCUUUAUCCUCAUAAUAUCCUGCUGGGUAGUUAAGCUAAAUGUACUUUAAUACAGGGGUAACUCCUCUUGCACUUUAGGUAGCUCUUGUAUCUUAUCUUGCACUUUACAUGUCGUUGCUGCUAUAUUGUA